AUGGCUUUCGCGCUCAAUGCGUCUUGCUACCCUUCGUCUUUCCAGUCGUCGCUGCUCCCGAGGCGGAUGGCAGCAGCGGUGAUGAUACCGAGGCGGAGGAAUGUUCUGCCUGUCAUUAGGGCGGUUGCCGUGGCUCCGCCCGCCCCGGCGCCGGCGAAGCCAGCAGCCGUGAGGAGCCGGCCCGUGUCGGUCACCAUGGCCAAGCUCAUGGCUAAGGGCAAGACAGCGCUCAUCCCGUAUAUCACCGCCGGUGAUCCUGACCUGGCCACAACGGCAGAGGCGCUGCAUCUCCUGGAUGCCUGUGGCGCCGACGUCAUUGAGCUCGGCGUGCCGUGCUCCGACCCCUACGUGGACGGUCCGAUCAUCCAGGCUUCGAGUGCGAGGGCUCUCGCUGGCGGUGCCACAAUGGACGGCGUGCUGGCGAUGCUCAAGGAGGUGACGCCGGAGCUGUCGUGCCCUGUGGUGCUCUUCUCGUACUACAGGCCUAUCUUAUGUCGAGGGUUGGCCGAAAUCAAAGAAGCCGGUGUACACGGUACAGGAGCUACUACUGAUCCAGUUUCUCUUGAUCUUAUGUACAUCUCCUUCCCAGGUCUUAUAGUGCCUGAUCUCCCUUAUGUAGCCGCGCAUGCAUUAUGGAGUGAAGCCAAGAAGAACAACCUCGAGCUGGUGCUGCUCACAACACCAGCCAUACCAGAAGAAAGAAUGAAGGGAAUCACGAAAGCUUCGGAAGGUUUCAUUUACCUGGUGAGCGUCAAUGGAGUUACAGGUCCCCGUGAAAACGUGAACCUGCGGGUUGAGUCCCUCAUUCAAGAGAUAAAAAAGGUUACUGACAAACCUGUUGCUGUUGGCUUUGGCAUAUCAAAACCUGAACACGUAAAGCAGCACAGCUGUAAUUACAAACAUCAAUGCACAUGGACAGAUUGCAGGAUGGGGUGCGGAUGGGGUGAUCAUUGGCAGUGCGAUGGUGAGGCAGUUGGGUGA